AAAAAUCUAUAGUACUCCCACAGUCCUACUCCUAUUCCGAUUUCAAUUUUCCACCAUAAAAAAAGGAAAAAGAAAAAUAACUCUCCUUCCCCUGUCCUUCAUUAUAAGACUUUCAUACUCCUUGCCUUCCCAAAGAUUUUUCAUCUAACACUCUCUUUCUCUCUCCUCUCUCUAACAAUGGCGAUUAGGGUUUUUUUCCUCGCUAUACUCCUCCUUGCUUCUCCCUUUCUCCAAGUUGCUAGAUGUCAAUCGGAGCCUACGGAUGAUCCCAUUGGUGAUUCCAUCGCCGAGGAGAUGAGUGAUCUUGGAGUUGUUAACGAUGACACUCAAGUUUAUGGUGAUGAGAGCUUAAGCUCUGCUCCUGGGGUUGAAACAGCUUAUGUUUUCCCCAAAAAUAGUGGCAAAGUUGUGACAGCUGGGGAAGAAUCGGAGGUGCUUGUUGGAAUCAAAUAUGAUGGGGAUGCAAGUUUCAGUGUUGUUGCAAUCCAUGCUAGCGUUCAUCUCCCUUAUGAUCAUCGUUUGCUUGUUCAGAACCUUACUGCACAGGUAUUCAACAAUGCCUCAGUUCCUUCAUCAGCUCAAGCCACUUUCCCCUAUGUAUUUGCUGUCAGCAAAUACUUGCAGCCUGGAUCAUUUGAUUUGGUAGGAUCUAUCGUCUAUGAGAUUGACAAAACUCCGUAUCAGAGCACUUUCUUCAAUGGAACCAUUGAAGUUACUGAGGCCAGUGGCCCGUUGACCAUUGAGACUGUUUUCCUGGUUAUGCUUGCUUGUGCCCUUGUUGCUGCCCUUGGUUUGUGGAUACGUGGUCAAUUACAACGCUUCUCAAAGAAAUCUAAGAAAGCACCCAAGGUGGAAGUUGGAACUCGAUCAACUGAUGCAUCAUUGGAUGAAUGGUUGCAGGGUACCACAUACACCCAGGCCAACAAAUUGAAGAAGAAGAAAUAGAUUGGUCUGCUGCGGUACAAAAAACUGUUGGCUUUUAUAGGCCCGUGUAACUCAAAACUCGGCAUUUGAUUUUGUUAGAGCAGAAGAGACUACUUUUUUAGUGUAGAAUGUGCAAGGGAAUUUUGAUGGGAAUUUAGUCUAUAAUGAUAUUUGCUUUAGCUCACCCAUCAGUUACUUGUCAUACAAAUUAUACAGCUUGGAAACAGGAUUUUUUUUUUUUUUUUUUUUUUGUAAGCAUGUAGAUCUUCACAAAUUAGUUUUAAUUAUCCACUUUUCGUUAAUAUUUAGUGCUGUGAUGUUCCAUUUUAUUUCGAACUCCCUUGUCAGUAUGCUUAGCUGCAUGGGUUCUUGACUCUAUUUUAUGUGAGUUUUGAUCGACAUGGAGUAGUUCA